ACUUAUAAAAGUGGCAGAGGCAAGGAACAGUUUAAUCAGACCUUGGUUGCUUUGACGUGCCACUACACUGACCUAAAUCCGUUUCCUGAACUUUGGGUAUCUGUACAACAGUCGCUGGCUGGGUCUGCUCUGAGCGUUAGAAGGCAGCUAAACGGUUUGCUGUGUUUUGUGACAAAGCUAUGGCCCAGCUUUUGGGAUAUAUGCUAGUCGUGAUCUGGCUUGGGGUUUCGGUCAGUGCUUCAAGGGGUCGUGGUGACCCUGACCCUGACCCUUACCCAGACAUGUCCCAAAGAGAAGUCACCUUUGAUUUGUCUGAUAUUUGGGGUCUGGAAGAUGAAGACACAGACGGUUUGAUGCAAAAAGAGGUAACCUUUGAUCUACCUGACCUCCUGAGGGAUAGAGUCUCUAACUACUCCGGAUCCAUAUCCCAGAGGGAGGUAACAGAUGAGUUUGCAGUGGAUCUCACCCCUAGAGCAGGUCCAGGUCAGUUUGGCCCUCGUGGUCAUGCCCCACCUCGUGUUGCGUUUCCACAUGGUCGCCCCACACCUCAGAACGUCCAGGCAAUCUGUCUCCAUGGUACUGGGCGUCCCCGCUACCCUGCAGGUGCACUGCCUCGUACCAGCUUUAGCCACCUGUCCCGUCAAGCAGACGCCCUUCACCGCGCAGAGGCCUGGUACAGUCAGCAAUGUUGUCAAGGAAACUGGCAACAGGACAUAGAAAGGACUUUGUGCUGCACUCAUCAGGCAUGGGAGAAGGCCCUUGAGCUGUUUUGCGAAGAAGAGUUCUCUAUUAAGACAAGCCACUACUUCUGCUGCAAGAUCGAGGGCAAAGCCAGGUGGAACUGCUUUGAGAGGGAGGCUCCCAACCCCUCUUACCAGGCCACCACACAUUACUUUGGGCCGGAACUCCUCCCUCGCGGUCCUGCCUUCACCUUCACCAACAAAUGCCCCAGAUCACAGAGGAGGCCUCAGAGGAUGUCUGCUGCUACACGGGCCCAGAGAGGACAAUCAGGACACAUCCCAGAUAUUAGCUUCCCACCCGGCCGGCCUACCUCCUCCAAUAUCCGAAUGGUCUGUAAACUGCGGAAACUCCGUCCACGCUACACUCCCAGCUGCCUGCCUAGCGGUGGCUUUGGUUGGUUAGCCCGUCAAUCAAAGGCCAUCAAUCGGCUCGAGAGAGGCCUGAAGCUCUGCUGCAAGGCGAAGAAGGACGUGCUGGCCUGUGCUGAUGGGAAGUGGAGAGAGGAGAUGGACCGUUUCUGCCAGGACGAGCACGGUGUGAAAACCAAACACUACGAGUGCUGCAAGCUGCCAGAGGGAGAAGCCCGCCUCUCCUGCUUCUCCUCCAAAGCGCCCUUUCCAGACUACAGAGGCGAACUCUUGCAGCGGCAAAUAGUCCCUGCUGAUCUUAGCCACUUCUGCGUUAUGCACAAGAUCCUCAACAAGCAGAAGGUUGCUCUUCCUGUGGACAAUGUUGUGAACAAAUGCUGCCACCUUGUGCCAGAACAGAGAAAUGCAUGUGUAGUGGACAUGCUGGAUAGCCUGCAGAGGGAGAGUUGCUCAGCGGAGCCUCCAUCUCCCAUGGUAACCCCAGACUGCUGUGUACCAAAUCCCCCCAAGUGUUUCUUGGAACUACUCAUGAAGUCCAUCUUUAAGGGAGCAGAAACUCCAAGUUUCCGGAGGAAGAGGUGCCCACUCUCAACCUUUUGAGUUUUUGGGUUUGGGUUUUGUACACAAUAACAGUUGAGAUUUGUAAACAACUAUUCACAACUUCCAAACUGCUAGACCAGUUAAUGUAAGUUCAUCUUCUUUCCACAAAAAAAGAAAAUAUUACUUUCAGAAACAAGAAACACAAUAAAAAUCUCUCUCCAAGUAGGCCUAGGCUAUCGCUGUCUGAUGUUUCUGUCUUUCCUCAACAAACUCUUUUAGUCUUCUUAUUGGUAACCACUAUGAAUUCUUGAUUCAAAUUAGAUUGAAAUAAGGAGUAAAUACACAGUAAGUAGCCUACAGUAACUUCCUGUAACUUUGUUGCCUAUGAAUUGAGGAACUCAGGUGUGGUGGAUUUAUGUAAGAAAAGGCAUUUGAUGUUUGUGAAAUGUUCUGAGAUAUGUUCAUGAUUGACAAAUAAAGUAUUUUAAUACCACCUA